CACACUACUGCCACAGUUUUGUCUGCAUUCACAUCCCCAUCUUCGGCAAAACAAGAAAGGCUCCAUCUUUUCUUCCUCUGUUUCUCUCUUUUCUUUCCCAGAAGUACAGAAACAGAGAAGGGAACAGCAAUGGGUCAUCAUCUUCUUCACUUGAACCUUACUGCUGUCUCUUCUUCUGCUUCUUCUUCUUCUUCUUCUUCUUCUUCUAUUAUAUCUUCUAAUUCAUUGUUUCCUUGUAAUAAUCAUCACCAAGUUCCCGCCAAUUCUUUUCAUUUACCCUCUCAUUUGAAAUUCUCAACAGGCCAUAAACUUACUUGGAUCCAGAAGCUGCCAAGAAUUGCUACUACCACCAUCAAAUGCUCUGCUAAAACUGAAAAUAGCUCUGCAACUGUGAAAGAGAAGAGUGUUUCGGUCAUUCUGUUGGCUGGAGGGAAGGGCAAACGAAUGGGUGCAAGCAUGCCAAAGCAAUAUCUACCACUGCUGGGCCAGCCAAUUGCUUUGUACAGUUUCUAUACAUUCUCAAAAAUGAUUGAAGUGAAAGAGAUUGUUGUAGUUUGCGAUCCAUCCUACCAGGACGUUUUUGAAGAUGCCAAAGAAAAUAUCAAUGUGGACCUCAAAUUUGCACUGCCUGGGAAGGAGAGACAAGAUUCUGUUUACAGUGGGCUUCAGGCAGUUGACUCGAACUCUGAGCUUGUUUGCGUCCAUGAUUCAGCUAGACCUCUGGUGUCAUCUGCAGACAUAGAAAAGGUCCUCAAAGAUGCUUGGGUAAAUGGAGCAGCUGUGCUUGGUGUUCCUGUUAAAGCUACGAUUAAAGAGGCAAACAGUGACUCUUUUGUAGUGAGAACUCUUGACCGCAGAACGCUUUGGGAAAUGCAUACCCCACAGGUGAUUAAGCCCGAGUUGCUUAAAAAAGGCUUUGAGCUUGUGAACAGAGAUGGCCUUGAAGUCACUGAUGAUGUGUCUAUAGUGGAGCACCUCAAACAUCCUGUAUUCAUAACUGAAGGAUCUUACACCAACAUCAAGGUCACGACGCCGGAUGAUCUGUUGCUUGCAGAAAGAAUUUUGAACAUGGAUUCUUGAGUCUUCAUAGGAGCCUCAUUUUUGGCUUUUUCCCCCCUAUUUUGUUGUUGCUCCAUUUUUGCAUCUUCAGAUCAAAAGGUGCUCCAUUUUCUUUCUUUUGCAUCAGUAUAACUAGAAUGGUCCAUUGUCGUUUGAUCCAUUUAUUUGUCUUCACUUUGAACAUGAAAAUAACAGAUUGUUUAAACCAGAUUUUGUUUUUAAAUAAACUAAUCAAAUCCAUAAUAUGAGUGAAA